AUGCCCCUAACCGUUGCUCUCACAGACAACACAAACGACGACAUGUAUCGUGCUGAACCUCUCGUCAACGCCGCUGACAUCCCCGACGACGGAUGGAUCGCCAUCUUCGAGUCGAUCGACUCGCCUGCAGCGCUCGCAGCACUGAUGCGGACGUGCAAGCGAUUCCACGCGCUAGCGUUGAAACCGCUCUUGAGAGAACUGAAGUGGAAGAAAGCUGAGAACACGAGCAAGAACCUCGACGCAUGGAGUCCAUCGGGUGGGGCGUAUCACCACCUCGUUGCUUUGCCCAGGAAGGUUACGAUUGGCGUGAGCUUUAGGUUCAUUAGUUCCGCGGCUCUUUUUUCGUCCCCGGGCGAACACUACCUCCACGACCGGAUCUACCUCCAGCUGCCCCAAUUUACGUCCCUCAACUCACUCAUAUUCGAAAACACCAUACUUUCUCCGCACGUAUACACCAUCCUCGCACAAAUCCCCACCCUGCGCAUUCUGGCGAUAUCCAACUGCUCCGUGCACCCCAUCUACACACCCUCCUCCGCCGCCUUGCUGCCGUCUUCUUCCUCCACUACGCCCGCGCACGAGGGGUCCUUAUUCCAGAACCUCCCAAUCACCCACCUCUCGCUCCACCGUAGCGCGAACCUCGCAUAUGGUGACACCGGCAAGCCCCACCCACUACACCUCGUCACCGCGAAGAACCUCACCUCCCUGUCCAUAACAUGGACGCUGGCUGUCUCAUCGCUCUACCAGGAACGAAAGUGGAUCCUUCCCAAGCUCGAGACUCUAGAGGUAGACGUGGUGUUCCUGCCCCGCGACCUCUUCGAUUCCCUCAUCACCUUCGUGCGGAACUGCCCUCUCAGCCCCAACAUCAAGCUCACGAUCGACGACACCGACUUGGACGACCGGGAGCUGGGGACGGCGGUAGCGACGCCCCUGCGCGGCGUGUGGUCGUACAAGGUCCCUCUGGCCUUUGCCCUGUUCUUAGCGCGCCAGCAUGGGAAGGAAGACGGCACGUUGACGCACCUGGCGAUGAACGACCCGAUGGAUGUAUCUGGGCUGUUGGAUGGCCUCGAGAAGCUACCGCGGUGUGUCCAGGACUUGGAGAUAUGGGUUAGGAAGUGGGAUAUUGAGGUGCUGUUCGCGAUCUGCGCCCGCUUUCCAGCUCUGAAGAAGCUAGUUGUCAGAUACGGGGGUGGCGCCUUCACCCUAGACGUCGAAUUCCUUUCUACACUAUCCUCGAAAAUCCUCUGCGCCCUCAACGACCUACACACCCUCAAGCUCCUCCAUGACAGCGCCUGCGCCGCCCCGUCUCACAGCUACAGCGUAUCUUUCGACCAUUUCAGCACCAACGCGCCCGACAUGUCGCAGGUGCACAUCUCGUUCCCUGCGAACGACGCAGGCUUUCCCUCCUCCUCCUCCUCCUCUUCCUCUUCCUCCUCCUCUUCCUCUUCCUCUUCCUCUUCCUCUUCCUCUUCCUCUUCCUCUUCCAUCUACUCGUCGCGCGGCGGCCGGGUCGUCCCACCCGCGUGUGAGAAGAGCGAGGAUAGUGUUGAGCGUGUGGACUUGAAGGAUUAUUUGGAUGGGUGGAGUAAAUGUUGUACAGCGUUGAGGGUUGUGCAGCUCGAGAGGGCGUCGUUGUGGGAGAGGAGGUUCGAGGGCGAUCAGUGGAGGGAGGUCAAGGUGAACGAGGAGAAGUAG